CAGCGCCGCACUGCUGCGUCUGCGGUGUCUCGGCUGAAGGAAGAGUGGCCAAACCCACAGGAAAGCAGAUUAUUAUACCGAUGGCGUUUAUUAAAGAGGAGAGUGAAGACGUGAAGAUUGAAGAAGUCAAACAUGAAGAUCCUGAGGAGCAAACAGACCUGAUGAUCCUGAAGGAAGAAACUCAACAUCUGAAUGAAAUCGAAGAGAGAGAUCUGCAAGAUGAUUUGAUGAAUAUGGGAAAGUCUUUCAGUGGUUCAAAGUUUAAAAAGCCUCAGAAGAAAGGUAAUUUUACCUGUAAGGUGUGCGGAAGGAGUUUCAGUAAGAAGGGAAUUCUUAAAGUGCACAUGAUCGUUCACACCAGAGAGAAGCCGUUCACCUGCCAGCAGUGUGGACAGAGCUUCCCACGCAAGGAAAGUUUAAAGAUUCACAUGAACAUUCACACCGGAGAGAAGCCGUUCACAUGCGUUCAUUGCGGAAAGAGCUUCGCACACAAAGGAACCCUUUAUACACACACGAAAAUCCACAGCGGAGAGAAGACGUACUCCUGCAAACUGUGUGGGAAGACGUUGAAUCGGAAAGGCAAUCUACAGACUCACAUGAGAGUUCACACCGGAGAGAAGCCGUUCACCUGCGCUCAGUGCCCAAAGAGUUUCACACGCAAAGAAAGCCUCAAUAAGCACAUGUUGUCUCAUUUCCGAGAGAGCCAUUUCAAGUGCCGUCAGUGUGGAGAGACCUUCACGGACAGACCUCAGCUCGAGAGUCACGUGGGAGCUCACAUCGGACGGGAGCUCUUAAUGUGCCGUCUCUGUGGAAUUGGCUGCACAAACAAAGCAAACCUCAAGAUUCACAUGAGAGUUCACACGGGGGAGAAACCGUACAGCUGCCAACACUGCGGGAAGAGCUUCUCUCGACCAACAACUCUUAAAAACCACAGCAGGAUCCACACCGGGGAGAAGCCGUACACCUGCACUCAGUGUGGACGGAGCUUCACGCACAGAGGAAACUUUAAUACCCACAGACGGAUUCACACUGGAGAGAGGCCUUUCAGGAGCCUUCCAUGCAGCGUCACUGUGGAGUAAGAUACGCAAGAUACUCCCUCUGAACUAACACGAGAAUUUCAGUCUUUCAUUAUUAAAAGGAGGAACCUACGGAUCUGGCUGCAAGCUCUCUGCAACUCUCACAUGGUCGCCGGCUGAGCGAAGCAGGGCUGCGCCUGGUCAGUACCUGG